CUCAGAUCACCUCGACCGACUCACCGUUAAGUGCCGUGUUCACGGCACAACCCGACACACACGCUACACAACUGCGGCGGCUUACAGGCUAUUUCCUGCCGCUUUCCCCCUGAUUCUUCUUCCCUCUUCGAUUUUUGUAACGCGACCCAAUACCCAUACACAUGGAUCAUUGCGCGUACAUGACGAUUUACCGUUCAUACACGUAAAAGCUAAAAUUGCGAAAUUAAAGUUUAUGACACAUAACUUGUGGAUUCAUGAUAUGUAUGUCGUAUGUAAAUGUAUUUUUACAAUCGUCGCGGAAAUGCCAUAAAUUACCUAUUGCGAUUGCGCCGAGUAUGAAUUUGAAUGUUCAGUGAUUACAUUAGACAACGAAUUAGUAAAAUAAUAAUUAAAAAAACAUCGCGCAUUGUCAAUAGUCUAUAUCGUAAUAUAUUAUGGUUCAAUGAUGAUGAUCCGUUUUACUCUCGUCUCUCGUACAAAAUAAUUAACAAAUAGAUAAAUAUCGUCAUCAAAUAUAUACCGAAACCGAAAUCAUUCCAACAACUGAGUUAAACAUGGAUUUGGUUAAAAAUGGCAUUUUAUUAAGCAAAAAUUCAGUUAAUAAUUUAUUUGGACAAUGUGAACCUUGGCAAGUUGCUUCUAUCACAGCGUCCAGUGUAUUAACGUCUAUUUGGAUAUGGAAUUUUUUAUUUCAAGAUGAAAGUUUGUAUAACAGAUUAAAAAAAUUCACAUUUACUCAAAUUAAAAAAAUACCAAAGUUCAAAAAACAAGUUGAAGAGGAAACUAAAAAAAUUUCAGACUUAUUUGAAAAUGAAGUAAUUGAAAAUACUAAGAGUGAAAAAUAUGUUGUUGAACUCCCGCCACAAGGAAUAUCUCGAGAUGAAUUAAUUAAAACUGUAAAUAGGUAUUUAAAUCUUGGUAAAUACAAUUGGAAAGAAGGAUUUAUUUCUGGUGCUAUAUAUUAUUAUGACGAAGAAUUAAUUAAAUUGCUCACUGAAGUAUAUGGACUUGCUUCAUAUACAAAUCCUUUACAUUCGGAUAUUUUUCCAGGAAUUUGUAAAAUGGAAGCGGAAGUUGUACGUCUAGUUGUAAAUCUAUUUCACGGUGAUUCAAAUUGUUGUGGAACAAUGACAAGUGGUGGAACAGAGUCAAUUGUAAUGGCAUGUAAAGCUUACAGAGAUUUUGGAAGAAAUGAAUGUGGUAUUAAAAAAGGUGAAAUAAUAGUUCCACGGUCAGCACACCCUGCUUUUGACAAAGCUGCUGCUUACUUUGGUAUUAAAAUUAUACACAUCAGUUUACAUCCUGAUACUUAUACAGUAAAUUUAAAAAAAAUGGAAAAUGCAAUAACUAAGAAUACAUUACUGCUUGUUGGAUCAUUUCCUAAUUUCCCAUAUGGAACAUCAGACGAUAUUGAAGCAAUAUCAGCUUUAGGUCUUAAAUAUAAUAUUCCAGUCCACGUUGAUUGUUGUUUAGGUGGUUUCAUAGCAGCAUUUAUGCCCCAAGCUGGUUUUCAAUUACCUCCAUUUGAUUUUAUUUUGCCUGGCGUAACAAGUAUAUCUGCUGAUACACAUAAGUAUGGAUAUGCACCUAAAGGUUCAUCAGUUAUAUUGUACUCAGAUAAAAAAUACAGACAUAACCAGUAUUAUGUAUGUACAGAAUGGCCAGGUGGUCAUUAUGGUUCACCAACUGUUAGCGGAUCAAGGUCUGGAGGUAUAAUUGCUGCAUGCUGGGCCACAUUAAUGUAUUUUGGUAUGAAUGGCUAUAUUACUUCAACAAAGGAAGUUAUGGAUACUAAAAUAUUUAUUGAAGAACAAUUACGUAGUAUGAAAGGUAUUUUUAUUUUUGGAAAGCCUACUACGUCUGUGAUAGCAAUAGGUUCUGAUGAUUUUAAUAUUUACCGAUUAUCUGAUGCAUUGAACUCAAGAGGAUGGAAUUUAAACACUUUACAAUUUCCAAUUGGGAUUCAUAUUUGCAUUACACAUUUACAUACAAAACCUGGCGUAGCUUCAUUAUUUAUUGAAGAUUUAAGACUAGAAUUAAUUGAAAUAUUAAAAACUCCUAAUGUUGAACUUACUGGAAAAAUGGCUAUGUACGGAAUGUCUGCCACAUUGCCAGAUAGAACAAUUGUUGGUGACAUCACAAGAUACUUUAUAGAUGCUAUGUAUUAUACUCCAAAAUAAUACAUUUUAUAU